AUGCAGGCAGCGCCGCGUGCACCAGGCCCGCAGCAGCCUGUCAAGAUCUACAAUGCUGUCUAUUCGUCCGUGCAGGUAUACGAAUGCAUGGUCCGCGGAAUCGCAGUCAUGCGCCGGCGGACAGACUCGUACGUGAACGCAACGCAGAUACUCAAAGUUGCCGGAGUGGACAAGGGGCGGCGCACAAAGAUUCUCGAAAAGGAAAUCCUUCCGGGAAAGCACGAAAUUGUACAAGGCGGAUACGGCAAGUACCAGGGGACAUGGAUACCUCUCGAGCGCGGCCGCGACAUAGCCUUGCAGUAUGGCGUUGCCCCCCUUCUCGCGCCUCUCUUCGACUUCGUUCCAAAUGCCAACCCACUGGGAGGACUCCCGGCUGGACUGCCGAACAUUACUUCAGGUAAUUUUGUGCCCGCUGGGCUCGCACCACCCCCCAUCAUGCCGGGUUCCGCCCUUCGUCUCCUGAAUCAAGGUCGUGCACAAGGCCUCUUCACGCCUUCAACAUCGGAUGCAUCUCCAGGAGCGUACGCGCAGUCCCCCUUUCACGUCCCCGCCGUCUCGCCAACGCCACCGCCAGCCUCACUGAAGCGCACGCGGUCCGACGAGAUGGACUUGUUGGGCUCCCCUCGCGAUCCUAACAGUCAAUCUGCGCCACCUACACUCGAACCGUCCCCUGACAUACAGAUGGCUGACCAAUCGCGUCCUCCCUCUGCCCCAUCACAAUUAGAGGCAAAUGGUGGUCCUUCGCCCGCAAAGCGACCGCGAUUAGAUUCCGUGAUGUCUGACAGCGCGCUACAUAAUGGAGACCUGCUCACCGAGGCCGACCAUCGGGCACCCACGCCAGCUGCAGUUAUGAAUGGUGGGUCGCGCCCCGCAAGCGCACAUCCCAUGCAAGUGGACAGCAAUGUGCUCGAGAUCAGAUUCGCCUCGAAGCCAUAUAUCCCCCGAACUACUGACGCCGCGGCACCGUUGAGGGACACACGGCGUGCAGCCAUUGUCGCCGCUAUCUGCAGGGGCGACGACCCACUGCCAAUCGUCGACCAACUACGUGAUAUCGCGCCAGACAACCCCGCGCUGCAUGUGGAUAUUGAUCUAGUGCUGGAUGACCAGGGGCAUACUGCGCUGCACCUCGCGGCGAGCAUGGCGCAGCACGCGAUCGUUGACGCGCUGAUCGCGAACGGUGCGGAUGUGCAUCGCGGGAAUUAUAAUGGCGAGACCGCGCUCGUGCGGGCGUGUUUAGCCACGCAUAACGCAGACCAGCAGACAUUCCACUUCCUUGUCACGGUACUGCACCCAUCUAUCCGCACACUAGACUCGUCGCGCAAGUCUAUCCUGCAUCAUAUUGUGGCGGCUGCGGGCGUCAAAGGACGGGCUGUGGCCGCACGGUACUACCUCGAUCAGAUCCUGGUCUGGAUUGCACAGCAUCAGGGUGCGGACUUCCGGUCACUGGUCGACCUGCAGGAUGAGCAUGGUGAUACCGCGCUGAACAUUGCGGCGCGGGUCGGCAAUAGAAGUUUGGUGAGGACAUUGUUGGACGUGGGUGCCAAUCGUAUCACACCGAACAAGCUCGGCCUGCGACCUGGUGACUUCGGAGUGGAAACCGAGGAAUUGGGAGGUGGACCCCGUGCAGAGGAUCUUCUAUCAUCACUACGGUCAGGACCUUCCGCACCAGUUCUUAAGAGUCAAGAUGUUUUAGCUGACAUGACUACAAUGAUACAGAAUCUCAGCAACGACUUUGCCGCCGAGAUCAAGACGAAGCAAGACGCGCUAGAUGUAACACAGGCACAUCUGCGCGCAGCGACGCGCGAGUUGUCAGAGCAACGGAAACAAAUACAAUCCUGGACUGCGCGCUGCGGCGAGAUGGACCAAGCCGACCAGCGGAUCCGCAAUCUGCAGAAAGCUCUGGAUGACGAGGAAUGCUUCGAUUGGACAGGGAGAACUGAGCUGAACGGCUCGGAUGCAAUGAAUACCGCAGGGCCUGCCUUCCGCGUGCGCGGGCCGGCGUCCACCAUGUCAGGACUGAACGGUGCUGUCGACUUGUCGUUCAACCUGGACACUGAACCCGCAAUACCGACAUCGGAGUCAGUGGCGAGCUUAAUCAGGCUGCGACGACUGAAGAUGUGGCAUGAGCGCACGGAGCGACUGAUGGAUGCUCGUCUGGCGUUGUUGCGAGAUGCCAGUGCCGAGAAGGAGUUUCAGUGUAAGAAGAUUGUGGCGCUUUGCACCGGAGUCGCCAUUGACAAAAUCGAGGAGAUGCUCGAGAAUCUGGUCAUCGCUGUCGAGAGUGAGUCACAGAUAAUUGAUAUCGGGCGUGUUUCAGGGUUCAUGCAGAAGGUCUGA